AUGCCUCUGGUCAGAUAUGGCUUCGAUCGUCCUCGUCCUCAGUCGCCACCUAUUCCGACCCACAAAUAUACAUUGUUCAUGCAACCAGGCAACUGCCACAUACGGGCAAAUCGUGCGCAACAGAUUGCUCCAAUUCGCGCUGGCACCUGUUCCCGAGUAACAUUUAAGAGGUGCACAUACAUGCCGGAAAACGAGGGGCGGACCCUGUUCAUAUAUAACCAUUUCAGAAGCAUCGCCAUUGGUUGCUCCAAGCCGCCAUUAUGCCCCGUGAUAUCUGAAGCCCCAUGUUUACGAACACCACGACGUCGACCAGAGAUCGUCACCAACGCAAAGACCUCUAUAUUCAAAGAAAUCGGUCGAGUUGGCUCGCUAAAUAUCAUUUGUGACCCUCGGUGA